UCUCGUUACAGAAAUAUACAUACACAUACCUACCUACGUGUUGUUAUUAGAAAAUACCAUUUUUGUUUCCGAUCGCGUCUUUAAUCUCGCUCGCGCGAUAAUAUCACAGCGUUCGCUUUUGAGAAUAUUACCGUUUAUACGCUCGUCGCUAUAUAUCAUUAUCGUCGUCGGUUCGCCCGCGAACUUGUGGGUCUGUUCGCUUUUUUUUUAUCACGUUUUCCUCGCCGUCGAUAUAAUAUCAUAUUGUUCUCGUAGUGAAUGGAUUACGCGGAGACGACAGCAUUUUGAGUCCUGUGCUAUUGAAAUAUAAUAUAUGCGAUGAGGCAUUCGGCAGUCGGCGGCGUGGAGGAAUGCGUCUACCGACGGACUAGCUGCAACCAUGGCUUGUUGGCCAGGAGCAGCUCGGACUCGGACUUGGCCGUGGUGACGGCUGGUUAUCCCGGCAGCCUGGACGUCGAAGCUUACGAGGACGAGGAAGAGGAGGAGGAGGACGGAGACGACUCGGAAGACGAUAGGGACGACGACGAUGACUGCAUGGGAGCGGAGCGCAAUCAGCAAGAGGAGCUACCGUAUCCAGGAUUCGUGUCCAUAUCGAUGAGAUACCUGGACCAGAAGUCCAGGCCCCGAAAUUGGUGUUUGGCCAUGAUCACUAACCCGUGGUUCGAGAGAGCAAGCAUGCUGGUCAUACUGCUGAAUUGUGUUACCUUGGGCAUGUAUCAACCAUGUGUGGACGAUCAAUGCAUAUCCAGAAGAUGCAGAAUUCUACAAGUGUUCGACGACUUCAUAUUCGCAUUCUUUUCACUAGAAAUGAUCGUGAAAAUGAUCGCCAUGGGAGCGUACGGCCCUUGCACAUACCUCGCAGACUCCUGGAACAGAUUAGAUUUUUUCAUCGUCAUCGCAGGUGCUUUGGAGUACUGUUUAAACGUGGAGAAUAUAAAUUUCUCUGCCAUACGAACAAUAAGGGUGCUGAGGCCGCUUAGAGCCAUCAACCGAAUUCCAAGUAUGCGCAUAUUGGUCAUGUUGCUUUUGGACACUUUGCCGAUGUUGGGUAAUGUGCUGCUAUUGUGUUUCUUCGUGUUCUUCAUAUUUGGAAUCAUAGGAGUGCAGCUGUGGGAAGGGAUACUUCGACAAAGGUGUUUCUUGAAGCCGCUGCCAAACGUCACUUAUCCCAAGAUGUUGCCGGCGUACUAUACGCUGAACGACGAGGAAAAGGAUUACAUUUGUUCGAAAAACGAAGACAAUGGAAUGCAUUCGUGUUUCGACUUGCCGCCCACGCGAGGACACGACGCUCUGAUAUGCAAUGCCACGGCCACCAUGGCUCUUGCCAACGGGUCGUGUGUCAACUGGAACUAUUACUACACCGAGUGCAAGUCGCAGGGCGAGAACCCGUUCCAGGGCACCAUAUCGUUCGACAACAUCGGCCUGGCUUGGGUGGCCAUAUUCGUUGUCAUCAGCUUGGAAGGAUGGGUAGACAUAAUGUAUUACGUCCAAGACGCUCAUUCGUUCUGGGACUGGAUCUACUUCGUGCUGCUCAUCGUGAUCGGAUCAUUUUUCAUGAUUAACCUAUGUUUGGUGGUCAUAGCCACACAAUUUUCCGAGACAAAAAAGCGGGAAAUGGAAAGAAUGAAAAUGGAACGAGCUCGUUUCCACUCGACCAGCACACUGACCUCGUCGACAAACAACUCCGAGCCAUCGUCCUGUUACGCCCAAAUGGUGAAGUACGUCGCUCAUCUGUGGAGGCGAGGCAAGCGGAAACUGAUCAAAAAGUAUCGGGUUUGGAUGCUGCGACGGCAGACCGAAAGGGAGGAGAAGGCGCAGCGGCAGAGCGCCACCACCGUCGCGCUCCUAUCGCUCAACACUAAUAACAACGACAAAAACGUUAAUUUUGUAGAAACGAACGACAAUAAGUACGGAAAUGGAGCAAGAAGCGGUGAUGAAGAAUCGUCUCAGCCGAUGCUCCGGUUUAUGGAUAACGCUCAAAUCGAUUCGAGCGGGAACCUCCUAAGUCCGGGGUCGACAUCCAGCAACGGCGGAAUCGUGUCAAGGAGACGGAGCGUCGUAGUGGCUUUCAGCGACGAACUAAUUACCAGGAGUGGUCCCGCCACUACCGCCGCCGCCGCCGCUGCCGCCGCCGCCGCUGCUGCCGCUGCAGCUGCUGCCGCCGACGCCGGUGCUUCGUCCGCUGCGGUAACGACGUCCACUGCCUCCACUGCCUCCACUGCCACCACCACCACCGCCGCCGCCGCCGCCGCCACUGCCUCGGCAAACGUCGCACUUUGUUCGACCGAGAAGACGACGCAGACGGUCGAAGGGACAGCGUGGAACACGUCUACCUCCGCCAGUACCACCAUAGUAGCACUGAACAACGCCGCGGCCGACCCGGACGACCAGGACAUGACUUGCCAAGAACUUUUGGCGAUCAGCGGCGCCCUGACGGGAGCUCUGCCCACCGGACAAUCAGCCCUGACGUCGCUGCUGAAGGCGCUCGGCAAGACUGGGGGUGCCUCCGUGGCGACCAUCGUGCAAAACGUGAACCGCACCGCCAACAACAGCAACAUCCAUAACAACAACAACAGCAGCCACAGGAACAACAAUAGGACGAAACGUCACGCGCUCAUGGACAGGCAAUCGGACGGCGAACUGAUGAUGGACAAUGACCAUUUGGAGAGUAAAAACAAAGCGUGCCUCACCGAUGCCGUGGGUUGCCUGCAGAUUUAUUGUCUGGUGGGUUGUUCCCUGUUGAGAGAGUGUAUAAAGCUCCUUGUCAACCACAGACGAUUCCAGCAGUGCAUUUUGCUAGCAAUACUUAUCAACACGCUCAGCAUGGGCAUAGAGUACCACAAUCAGCCUACGGAACUCACUGUAAUCGUGGAAUAUAGCAAUAUUGUUUUUUCUGCGAUAUUUGCCGCUGAGAUGUUUUUGAAGGUAAUCGCCGAGGGGCCGUGCGGUUACGUCAGUAACGGUUUCAACGUAUUCGAUGGAAUCAUUGUCAUAUUAAGCAUAGUGGAAUUGACUCAGUCGUUUGAGAACACUAGUGGACAACGAGAAGGCAAUUCGGGGCUGAGCGUGCUGAGAACAUUUAGGCUAUUGAGAAUAUUGAAACUCGUCCGAUUUAUGCCGAACCUACGUCGUCAAUUGUUCGUCAUGCUCCGUACCAUGGAUAACGUCGCAGUGUUUUUUUCACUCCUAAUUUUGUUUAUCUUCAUAUUCAGCAUUCUCGGAAUGUAUCUUUUCGGUGGUAAGUUUUGCAUGUACGGGAACGGAGCCCGGGAAUGCAACUGCAAAGAAAUUGUCACUAAACAUCCCCUGUGCGUCUGCGAUCGAAAACAUUUUAAUAAUGUAUUAUGGGCAACAGUCACCGUCUUUCAAAUUCUGACACAAGAAGACUGGAAUAUAGUGUUGUUUAACGGAAUGGAAAAAACGAGUCAUUGGGCUGCUCUUUAUUUCGUGACGCUGAUGACUUUCGGCAAUUACGUGCUGUUCAAUUUACUGGUAGCAAUUUUGGUUGAAGGAUUUUCUUCAGAGCGUAAUGAACGCAGAGAACGCGAAAGACGCGAGCUGGAGAGGCAACAACAGUCAUCGUGGUGCAAGUGCACCUGUUCGUGUUAUGGUGAUGACAAAGGGGAUUGUGAAUUCUGUACGGAUAAAAAAAGUCUAAAUGGAAAAUCAAGUGCUGAGUUAAAAAUUGAAAAUCCAAACAGAGACAUUAUAACCAAUAAAUGUAAUACACACAAGGACACUUCGUUGGUAAUCGCUCCGCCGCCGCCGAUAAUUACACACACGGCGGCCACACCGCAAGACUCGCCGAAUGCCGCCCACGAGUCGAGGGAUUUUCGGCGAUUUCAAUCGCUCACGCCUUAUACAUUUUUGCCGUUCGACACGAAUGGAAGCGGAUUUUCCAUUGAUUCGAUCGACUGUUCAGUGCGUUCGUCAACAAAUAGCUUGCAGAGUGUUUCAAAGUUUCCUAAAAUCAACAACAGAACUCCGCAGAUAUCCAGUCCGCAAAAGUUGGUAGCGAAUCAAAGUUUUGAAACGAUUCCGGAAGACGUUUCUUAUAGUGGAGAAAAUGGCGAAAAACUUCAAAGACGAUAUUCGUGGAAAAUCUCGAGACCCUCGUCGAGACGAAAGUCGAAAUUCAGCAACGGAGAGUGUGAAAGUGACGAUCAAGGAAUACUGGUUUUGAACAACAACAAUAGUCAUCCGGCAGUGAACUCCGGUGCCGGACAAGACCACUCUCAAUGUAACGGCGGCGUUUCCAAAAGUCCAUCGCCGAACUUCCGCGCGGCGAACAAUAUGUUGUCCGAAUAUAAUACUAUUGAAAGGUCUCCGUCGACUGUACAGCAGAGCACGGUCAAUUACGUCCUGGCCGGUUGUCAGUACGACUGCUGUCAACCGUGCGACACGGAAGGGUGCGCCGGGACCACGGACGACAAGGCAUCCGAACCGUGUUGCGACUGCGACGCCGAGUCGGAGACGGCCAAGGUGAACGUCCGCAAGGUGUUCUAUUUCUUCGAGGAGAAGGGUUGGCUCAAGGACCGGGCCGAGUACUCGCUGUACAUAUUUCCGCCGGAACACGGUUUCAGGCAAUCGUGUGGAAAGUUCAUCAAGCAAAAAUGGUUCGACAACGCGGUGCUCACGUUUAUAGCGCUGAACUGCAUCACUUUGGCCAUGGAGAGACCGAACAUACCGCCGGACAGCAACGAGAGGACGUUUUUGGGCACGGCCAAUUACGUUUUCACCGUGGUGUUUGCGCUCGAGAUGUUUGUCAAAGUCGUAGCCGCGGGCAUGUUUUACGGCACGGAACCGUAUUUCAAGUCCGGUUGGAACAUCAUGGACGGUUUGCUCGUGGUCGUGUCCAUCAUAGAUCUGCUCAUGUCACUGAUCUCCGAAAGCAGCCCAAAGAUAUUUGGAAUACUGAGGGUGUUUAGACUGUUAAGAUCGCUGAGGCCGUUGAGAGUGAUCAACAGAGCCCCGGGCCUAAAAUUAGUGGUACAGACACUGCUUUCGUCGUUGAGGCCAAUAGGCAAUAUUGUACUGAUUUGUUGUACAUUUUUCAUAAUUUUCGGUAUUUUAGGAGUUCAACUUUUCAAAGGGACGUUUUUUCACUGCGAGGGCCCCAACAUCAAACACGUGCGCGACAAAAAGGAAUGUCUGGCCGACAAGAAAAACGCAUGGGUCAAUCAAAAAUACAAUUUCGACGAUCUGGGCAAGGCGUUGAUGUCUCUGUUCGUGCUGUCGUCCAGAGACGGCUGGGUGAACAUCAUGUACACGGGUCUGGACGCCGUGGGAGUUGAUCAACAACCGAUCGAAAACUAUUCGGAAUGGCGGCUGUUGUACUUUAUAUCGUUCAUACUGCUAGUCGGGUUUUUCGUGCUCAACAUGUUCGUCGGCGUGGUGGUGGAAAACUUUCACCGGUGCCGGGAGGAACAGGAAAAAGAAGAGCGAGUCCGGCGGCUGGCCAAACGGGCCAAGCAAAUGGAAAAAAAGCGGAGAAAAAUGCACGAGCCACCGUAUUACAGAGACUACAGCAGCGCCAGGCUGUUGGUGCACAGCGUAGUCACGUCCAAAUAUUUCGAUUUGGCCAUCGCUGCCGUUAUCGGUCUCAACGUGGUCACGAUGGCACUAGAAUUCUACAUGAUGCCCAAAGCGUUGACUUAUGCGUUGAAAAUAUUCAAUUAUUUUUUCACCGCCGUGUUUAUACUGGAGUGCGUGAUGAAAAUGUUGGCGCUGGGACUUCAGCUCUACGUGAAGGACAAAUGGAAUAUAUUGGACAUUGGAAUCGUUAUAUUGUCCAUAGUGGGUAUCACGUUAGAAGAAUUGGAAUCGAAAAUCAUACCCAUCAAUCCGACCAUCAUCCGAGUGAUGAGAGUCAUGAGGAUCGCUAGGGUUUUAAAAUUACUGAAAAUGGCUAAAGGAAUAAGAGCUCUUUUGGAUACCGUGAUGCAAGCAUUACCUCAAGUGGGAAAUUUAGGGCUCCUGUUUUUUCUAUUGUUCUUCAUAUUUGCCGCAUUAGGUGUGGAAUUGUUUGGAAGACUCGAGUGCAGCGACGAACACUCGUGCCAAGGCCUGGGCGAGCACGCUCACUUCGGAAACUUCGGCAUGGCGUUCCUGACGCUGUUCCGGGUGGCCACCGGUGACAACUGGAACGGCAUCAUGAAGGACGCACUCCGCGAGGACUGCGACAGCGCGGCGGACUGCGUGAAAAACUGUUGCGUCGCCGACGGCAUAGCGCCCAUGUUCUUCGUCAUAUUCGUGCUGAUGGCGCAGUUCGUGUUGGUCAACGUAGUGGUCGCCGUGCUCAUGAAACAUCUCGAAGAGUCCCACAAACAGAUGGAGGACGAGAUGGACAUGGAAGAUCAAUUGGAGAGAGAAAUGGCUGCAGAGGAAGAAGAACAAUUGGUUCAAAUGGCCCUUGACCAUGAGUACUCGAUUCAAAAUCCUUUGUGCAAAGAGUUUUCGCUACCCGCCGACUUCACCUUUAAAAGUUUGCCACCUUCACCUCUAUACCAAAGUCAAGGACGACGAUUUUCUUUCAACUCGUGGAGUGGUAGGAUGACGGAACCGACUAUCGUACCGUCGCAGAGAAGGCGCCAGACCGUCCAGGAGUCGAACAUGCUCGUCCCCCCGGCGCUCAUGCCCACUUUCAUGAUUCCUCAUUUCGAAUCCAGGAACCGGAAGUCGUCGUUGACCGCACAGCACCGGAGUGAUGUCACUCGUAGGGACAGCGUCCGGAGUUCCGGUUCGCAGCGGACGGCGACAGACCACCCGGACGCCGCCGGUCAACGCCAGCAGCAACUGCAGCAGCCCAAGCAACUGCAACAGUUUACGGACUGGCAGUCGUCGGCGAACCAGGUGCAGCUGCAGGCGAGGUGCGUCUCGGAGGCGAUCGCCGGCGGUCAGGCGACCGGAAGCGGAAGCGGGCAUCCGGUCCGCGGAGAACCGGCGGCGGUGGCCAAGAACAGCGCUGUCGCCGCGGCGCUGCUGGCCGUACCGGCGGCGCCCAAUCCGAACGCGCUGGCCGCUCCGCCGCCCACGCCGCCGCCGUCGCUGUCCAAGACGUACGUCACACUGGCCAUACCCGAGGAGUGCGCCGUCGACGUACCGCUGUUGCGGUCCCGUUUCCCGCUGGUCAGGCGACCGGAAGACCCGACCUCGUCCGGUGUGGCCGCCGCCGGUCCGGUCAACACGCUGGACGUGCGGAUCGAGGCGAGCGUCAAGAGAAAGACCUGAGCAGCCCCCGCCGACACUGUCGAUAUAAUGAUACUGUUAUUAUUAAUAUUAUUACUAUUAUUGUUAUCAUCGUCGUCCUCGUUAUCAUUGUCAUCGUCGUCGUCGACAUUAUUAUUAUUAUUAUUAUUAUUAUUACUAUUAUUGUUAUUACGAAAUUCGCACCACCCGGUGCAGACUAUCGGCAUUUUUGCAAUUUUAACAUUUUAUCGCGUGUACAAAAACUCUCCUCGGGGCCACGACAUUGCUGGACGGCAAGAAACGUGUUCGCUCUGCAGAGAAAAACUAUUAUUAUUCAUCAAUAGAGUUUUCAGAAUCGUUUAUAAUAUUAUUGAUGCAUGAUAAUACCAAGCAUCUGUCUAUGACGGGAUGCCGUUUAAUCGCGCCGAAUACUUUGACCACCUGCCGGUAUUAUUAGAUAGGUACCUAACCUACAACCUUCAUAAUAUUUUAUUUUGUACCUGUGAACAUAAUAUUAUGAUUAUGAUAAAUUAAAAAUGAGCCUUAACUGAAUAUAGGUACGAUAAAUAAAGAGUAAAUCAAAUACAUAUAUUAUAAUAUCCAUUGAAUUAUAACGUCAAGACGUGUGCGUAAUAUACAGUAAAAUCAAAUAAUUUAAAUUAUCGUACAAUAUAAAAAAAAAAAAUGCCGUUUGGGUGAAUUAAAAACAAUUAACGAUAGUUACACAGACUAAAAAUAAUAUACGGCGCACCCGAUCGCGGUGACGACGAAAAAAAUCCGUCAAUCAAUCGAUCAAACUGUGCCGUACGAAUCGCAAAUAAACGCGCGGUCUUCGAGAUACCCAACUAUAUUUUUGACAAAACUAGAGGAUCCGAAUUAUAUAAGACAUCACACUCCAUUUAAUAUCACCUAUAAAAAUCGACGUGUCUGUUACAUUGUCGUCUUGUGCCGUUCGAAUUAUUUUUCACCCUAAGCGAUUUGGUUUUGCAAAAAUAAUGAUGAGCUCGACGAGACGCCGGUGAAACGUGAUUUUUAAGAGAGGCGUUUGUUUGCCACCACUCGCUGGUCCGUUGAUCAGGACGUGUCUAUAAUACGUAAUCUAUAUAGCUACGCGUAUACAUAUUGUACUUCACACCUGCUCUGAUAGUUUCCCGUCGUCACGAAUAGGUAUUAUAAUAUUAUGUUCCGAUGUAAUAUUAUAAUUUAAAAUAUUUUUGUUAUCGACGAUAAACCCGUUUCGGUUUUAGACUCCCCUCUCCCCCCCCCCCCCUAAUACGCGCACUUAAAAUAUAAUAUUAUAUUAUACCGUCUACACCAGUUAUUUAUUAUAAUCCGUUUAUCCUAUAUUACGAUUAUUGUGUGUGUGACCGUGUGUAAGAGGACUUAUCGAUUCCGCCCGAACGUUUUGUUUUGGAGAAAGUCAAAUGUCGACUAUGUCGAGUCUUAAAUUUAUCAAAAGAAAAAAAAAUGUAGGAAUCAGUUAUACGUUUUUGACUGAAUUUGUUCAUUUAUAGUUAAUUUGUAUCACAAGUCAUCAUAAUAUUAAUAUUAUGUACUAACCUAACAUAAUAUUAAUUUAAAUCAUGUUUAAUACGAUAUAGGUGGGUAAAAUAAAUUUAGAAUAUAGUUAGGUAAGUAGGUAUAACUAAUUUAAAAAAAAUAUUUAUUGGUAAAAAUAAUGAUUCACAUGGUAUAUGUUGGACGUUAACCAACUACCAUCGCUUUUACACGUACCUUAUAAUCGUUUUAAAUGUUUAUAAUAUAUUAUAUUAAAUUUAAGGCUCGACUGAAUCAAUAGCCGGCGGAGUCGCGAUAGGACAUUUGAUUAGACAUUAUGAACCGUCGAAAAUUAUGCUGAGUGUAUAAACCAAUGAAAUCAAUAAACGCUGAACAAAUCGAUAACAUUUUUAUCCGUUUGCAUUUCACCAAAACUCAAAAUUUAUUGUAAUAUUAUUAAUCGCUUUAUUAUUAAAGAUGUUUCUCAGUUCUUCGAUGAAUUUGAUUUCUCUGAGUGUUUUCAAACGUUAAAUUGUAUUACACCUCGAUGAUGAUGUAUGAACAAAAAAUAGUGGGUACCUAACAUAAUUAUUUCAAAGAUAUAGUUUGUUCUCAGAAAAUAUUUUCUUUGCUUUUAAGUAUAUCGAAAAAAAACCUUAUCCAAUUUAAUUUCUAGAUUCGUCGUCUUAUGAAAUAUGUACCCAUAACAAUAUUAGGCAAUUAGAUAACAACUGUUCACCUCUUUGAGGAUGUUAAGAAAUAUUAAUUGUGUUAUGUUGAGGGUGUUUGAAAAACGUUUAGUUCAAAAUUAGCGACAAGUGUUUGUUUUUUAUUUUUCAUUUUAAUGCAAUUUUUGAAAAUCAAUUAUAAUAUUAUUAUAUUAAUUUAUUAAUCGAUCAAUAGUACUGACAAAUAAAGUUAUUUUAAUUAAUUUUAAAAACAAAAUCCGUUAAAUACAAAAUAUGUUAACAAAAUAAUAAUUAAUGAAAAUGUGUAAUUUCCUCGGAUAAUGGCUUAAUAUCUAUAACAAUUUAACAGUUGUUCAAAAAUUUGAAACAUUUCAGACUUUUAUUCUUGAAGUCUAUUGAACUUUAAUUACAUAAAAGUAUACACCACAAAUUCGCACUACCUAAAGGAACGCGUUUGACUAUUUGAUAACUCAUGAUAAUAUAUUAUGCAAUAUAUAAAAAAAAUAAUAAUUUAUAGUAUGUUAUAAUACGAUUUCAACUUUUGAGAUUAACCUGACGUUCUAAGAUUCCAAAUUUAAAAUUUGUAAAUUAUUUCCAAUUACCAUGACAGUGUAUUCAAUAAAUUGGUCUAGUUUUAUUAACGACAUAAAAUAACGUAAACAACGUAUACAUAUAUUUUUUAAAGUAACAGAUAUUAUUUUAUUUUAUAUUUGUUAAUACGUAUUGUAAACUAUAACCAGAUAAGAUUAGUCGUUUCAACUAGACGUUCGAUAAUGUAUAACUACUAUGUAAGUUGUAUCUGUAUAUAAUAAUAAUUGUAAAUCGAUAUUAGAGCAGAACAAUAGCAUAAAAUGCGAAUACUGAAUAUCCAUACUCGAGUGUUAAGACAUAUUAUAAUAAAUAUAAUAAAUGGUACCUACUUACAUGUUAUUCUCAUAACAUGCUAACACCAGAGUGUUGUUUUCCUAGAUUUUUAUUGAACACAAGCAUAUACGAAUCGAAUUAUUUCCAACAUCAAAGUUCAACGUAUGUAAUCGAUUCAAAAUACAUUAUAAACGCUAGGUUAUAGUCAUUCAGUAGGUAGGCACAUAACAAUAGUCUAUAUACGCGUCAAAACAAUCAAUCGCAAUUGAAAUUCAAAUCAAAUAUGGAUUGCACCUUCGAAAUAAUAGCACAAUACCGAUUUAAGCCGUGUUUACAACUGAAAUGGUCAUAAUAUUCAUAUAAUGGUCUAGUGGGGGUUUUUUAUUGUUGUUUUAAAUUCGUUUAAUUUUGUUUGGCCUAUAUAGCAUGAAAGGUACCCCGCAAAUCUCUAUCACUGGUAGGAUGAGGUACCUCUACUUUAUGUGAACAAUAUUUAGUUUUUGUAAUAAUGACAUGGGUGGUAAUAAUAAUAAAAAAUAAUAAGAAUAAAUAUUAUUGUAUCAUUGGACGUUUAUUUUCGAUUAUAGAAUAUAAUAUAAUAUAAUAGUCAAUUUAUUUAUUACGUUUUACCUUCCUAGUGAAAGUAUAUUAAUUAAUAUGAUAUUAUUAUUAUUAUUAUGCUAUACGUCGAAUCUGUGAUAAAGUAAAAUUUUUAGAUACCUAUCGCCUUAAUAUUCGUAUGUAUCUAAGUAUAUUAUUAUAUGUGUGUGUGUAUAUAUAUAUAUAUAGAGGGUGAUGCAUUUUAAUGGCGUCCCUACUUUUUUUGGUUAAAAAAAAUGUAUGUGUUUUUUGUUUUUACUAGUAGUCUAAAUGCAUAUAAUGAAAAUACCGAAACACUUCAGACUAUUAUAAAAUGUUUAUAGAUACUUAUCGCCGUAAUAUUCAUAUGUAUCUAAGUAUAUUAUAUGUGUGCGUGUGUAUAUAUAUAUAGAGGGUGGUACAUUUAAAUGACGUCACUACUUCUUUUGGUUGGAAAAAUUUUUUUUUUUUUUAAUUUUAAUAAUAUUCUAUAAUAUAUACUUUAAUGAAAUACCGAAAUAGGUACUUCGGAUUAUAAUAAAAUCUUCUUUUUUUUCAAAAACACUAAAAAUUACUUGGAACUAGUGUAGCCCGUUAAAUGGAUCUCACGCUGUACAUGUAAAAUAUAAUAUAAUAUUAUAGUAAAAUUAAUCUUUACAUUAUAAUAGGCGUUAUAAUAUUACGCAAAUAUCUGAUUUUGUAUAGUUAUUAUUUUUUUUUUUCUAGAAAAUGUAAAAUCAAAAUCGUCCAAAUAUGAUAUUAAUAUCUAAGUACGUAUAAUUGUGUGUAUAUUAUGAUUUAUUUUAUGUCUAGUCUUUAGAUAUUGAUUAGUGAUUUUCUAUGAGACUGCCUAUUUCUUAAGUAUAUAACUUUUGUUUAGCAUCUAAUAAUUAUUAUUAUUAUACCUAUAAUAUUAUUCCCCUGCUUGUAUUAAAUAACUUUAAUAUUUUAGUGCAGAGUAUAAUGUUUUACCCGUAAAAAACUCUGUACUACUCUUAAUUCUCUAUCUAUCACUCUCGGUCUCUCUCAUUCUAUCUCUGUCGAGCUCUUUGUAUCUCUCAAACUGACUUAUUAUCAUUGUAAAAUUAUACUAUUACUACAUAUUAUUAUUAUUAUGUAUUAUUAACGAAUAGAAUACAUAUCUUUGACAAUUUUUAUAUAUUAUGUCUAAUAUAUUAUAUUUAGAAUGUCUCA